UCAAUCCGUGCGCGUGCUUUUAUUGGAUCUGCUGCUGUCACAUUUGUUCUCAAAGCGCGUUAUUCUUCAUCAGGAAAUUCGCGACGCGCGAACGCCUUUCUUUCGGCGCGGCCGCGCGUCAUUUGACAGUCGCGCAUCUAUGUUUUCCCCCCUGUUCUCUAUGUAAAAGACGCACAGAAACCGUAGGCCCUUGAUUGAGAGUCGCUGUUUAAUUCAGGAUUUGUGGGAUCCGCGUCGACGCGCCGCUCUGGAGUUCAUCUAACGGCUCGUUUGGCGUCAUAAAUGCCGGAUCGCGCGCUCCGUGACGGGAUCGACGCGUUUGGGCCAGAUUUCAGCCUGUUGAUGUGAAGUGGAAGAAACACACCGGUUUGAUCCCAAUGACUGUGACCACAGCGGCUGAAAGAGAGGCCGUGCGGGCGCGUCGGACGCGUUUUGCGGGCGCUGAAGGAGAAUAGACGCACGAAACACGCAGGAAAGAUGGAUGAAAGAGUCGCGUGAAUCGAGCUGGAGCUUUAAAACCGCGACAGAAGCGCCCAAGUUCCUUUGAGGAUGAAGAGAAACGCGCUCGAGUGAAGAGAUACAUGAGGCAAACACUGAGGGGGGUGGGGGGAUCAAUAGAGUUGAUAUCUGUGAUUAAUCUGUGAUAUUCUUCAUGAUCUGAGGGAGAGACGCGUUCACAUUAGCGCAGUCAAAGCGGAGAGCCGUGGGUGAAUGAUGGGCUGCGCCUCCAGCAUUCACCUCUCGGAUCGGGUGGUUUAUCACAGCGGGAAAGAGUCCGACGACUCGCACUCACCGCAGCAGAACUGCCCUCAGCAGAGCCACAUUAAACCCAACGCCUAUAAGAACACACUCACAACAGAAGUGCAGUUUGGACCAAUGAAGCUUUAUGAAGAUCAACUGCAGGUACUGUUAGUGUUUGCCAAAGACGACGCUCAGAGUAAUGCGUUCUGCUGGGCAUGCGAGCGUGCUGGUUUCAGGUGUAACGUGGCCAGAACGCCUGAUGCUGCGUUCGAGAGUUUCCUGGAGAAAAAUCACGACCUGAUCUUUAUCGAUCACAGACAUUCCAGAUAUUUUGAUGCUGAAGUGCUCUGCCGUUCAAUCAGAGGCAUCAGCUCCUCUCAAAACACUGUGAUCAUCGCCAUUGUGAAAAGGCCAGAUCGAGAAGAAUCCACUGUGAUGCCACUGAUAUCAGCAGGAUUUAACAGGCGGUAUGUGGAGAACUCAAACAUGAUGGCCUGUUACAAUGAACUCAUCCAACUUCACUUCGGAGAAGUACGAGCUCAGAUCAAACUCAGAGCCUGUAAUGCUGUUUUUACCGCACUGGAACAGAGUCAGGAAGUCAUUGAGAUCAGCAAUGAAGAUCAACUCAUACAGUAUGUGAAUCCAGCAUAUGAGUGCAUGAUGGGAUAUCAGCGCGGUGAACUGCUGAAAGAAAACACUGAAGUGCCGAAGAGUGAAAAAAACAAAACGGACCUGCUGGAGAACAUCAGAGCAUGCAUCCACAGAGGAAAAGAAUGGCAGGGAGUUUAUUAUGCCAAAAAGAAGAAUGGCGACAGCGUGCAGCAGAAUGUGAAGAUGACCCCUGUAAUUGGUCAGGGAGGUAAAGUCAGGCACUGUGUGUCAAUUAACAGGCCUUUAAAUGACCAUAACAAGACAGAAAAGCCAUGUGAGAGAGUUCAAGCCGAAUCACAAACAGAUAUUCAGCAGUGCAGCAAACACAAAGAUCGCAGAAAAGGUUCUCUGGACAUUCGUUCAACAACCUCUCGAGGGAGUGAUGGAAGUUCACAGAGGAGACAUUCAUCUAUGGCCAGAAUUCACUCCAUGACGAUAGAAGCACCAAUCACUAAGGUGAUAAACAUCAUAAAUGCAGCUCAGGAAAACAGUCCAAUGCCUGUUGCUGAAGCGCUGGACCGUGUGUUGGAGAUACUACGGACCACAGAGUUGUACUCACCUCAGCUCGGGACUAAAGAAGAAGACCCUCAUACAAAUGACCUGGUGGGGGGUCUCAUGACUGACGGAUUACGCAGGUUAUCAGGAAACGAGUACAUCUUUGCAACAAAACAGCUGCAUCACAUCCCCAGUCACCUGACCACACCACUGUCCCUCAACGAUAUCCCACAAUGCAUUGCUCAGACGAUGGAGAGCGAAGACUCGUGGGACUUUGAUAUUUUCAACCUGGAGUCAGCUACCAUUAAACGGCCGUUAACAUAUCUGGGUUUGAAGAUCUUCUCGCGCUUUGGUGUUUGUGACUUUUUGAGCUGUCCAGAGGCGACGCUUCGCUCGUGGCUGCAGAUCGUUGAAGCUAAUUAUCAUUCCAGUAACUCGUACCACAACUCUACACAUGCCGCAGACGUUCUGCACGCUACUGCAUACUUCCUGUGCAAGGAGCGCGUAAAGCAAAGUCUUGACCCAAUAGAUGAAGUCGCCGCACUGAUCGCUGCUACUAUACAUGACGUCGAUCAUCCUGGACGUACAAACUCCUUCCUAUGUAACGCAGGAAGUGAACUAGCCAUAUUGUACAACGACACGGCCGUACUGGAGAGUCACCACGCUGCGCUCGCCUUCCAGAUCACAACACGAGAUGACAAAUGCAACAUCUUCAAGAAUAUGGAGAGGAACGAGUAUCGCACACUCCGGCAGGCCGUCAUUGACAUGGUUCUCGCCACUGAGAUGACGAAACACUUUGAACACGUCAACAAGUUCGUCAACAGCAUCAACAAGCCACUGACUGCACUGGAGGAAAAUGGGGCUAAUGGUGAUGAGGAGUCAGUGAAGAGCAUUCUGUCGGUUCCAGAGAAUCGUAUUCUUGUGAAGAGGAUGUUGAUCAAAUGUGCAGAUAUUUCAAACCCCUGCAGACCGCUGCAGCUGUGCAUCGAAUGGGCCGGACGCAUUUCAGAGGAGUAUUUCGCACAGACCGAUGAGGAGAAGCAGCAGGGUUUGCCGGUGGUGAUGCCUGUGUUUGAUCGCAACACCUGCAGUAUUCCUAAAUCACAGAUCUCCUUCAUUGAUUAUUUCAUCAUGGACAUGUUUGACGCCUGGGACGCAUUUGCUGAUCUGCCGAAUCUAAUGCAACAUCUGGACAACAACUUCAAAUACUGGAAGAGUCUGGACGAGAGGAAACUACGCAGCCUACGGCCACCGCCUGAGUAACACACGCGAGCACAUGCAGCAAGGACGAGCUUUGUUUAUGUGUGAGCGGCUGUCAUCACAAGGGACAUAGAAUGGUCAUGACAGGACGACACGCAUGUGAAUGACUGAUGAGUGUCUCACAUUUGGGAAGAAACACUAGCGAUCAGCUCUACACCUGUCUAACUCUCUACUGUCUGUCUGCUUUCAGUUCUUCACAUGUACACACACACACACACACACACACACACACACACACACACACACAUACAUGUAUACAUGCGCGUGUAGAGCGACAGAAACACGUCUGCAGAGCUCUGUUUAUUUUGUUUUCUAUAAUAAAAUAAUGAUGAGAAUCAUGUUAACUAAUAAAUACGAUUAAAAAGAACUAUAAAACACCAAAGUGAUUGACAUAAAUAAUAAUCUUAUUCUUAUCAUCUGUAGUUAAUAUCUGCAGAGAGAGGAAACAUUAAUAAAAUAUAAAUGUUUUUAUUUUCUUAUUGAAUGAUGCCAUUUGAAUCUUCCUGUUGCACUGUAGACGUGUGUGUGUGUGUGUGUGUGUGUGUGUGUGUGUGUGUGUGUGUGAUGCAUUGCUCAGAGCCACAGUGGAGAACUGCUCU